GACAAAGACGGCGGAGCAGCCGGGUUGGAGCAUGUGUUCAUCAUAUAAAAAGUGGACUGCAAUGCGUUUGAUUCUUCAGAAUCCAUCUCUUCUUCAACCAGCUCUCCAGCAUCAAGCAUCUUCACACUCUUUCACCGUUUCUUAACCUUUCUAGUCAACACAAUGAUGGCUCGUUUCUUCGCUGUUGCUUUCCUUGCGGCCCUCGCUGUCGCCACUCCCCUCACUCUCCGUGAUGGUCAGUGCAACACCGGUGACAUCCAGUGCUGCCAGAGUUCUACCACUACUUCCAAUUACAACAAGGCGGCAAAGUCUCUUGGCCUUGCGGCGAUAGCCGCUGAUGUUGUCGGUACCAUUGGCCUUAGUUGCAGCCCUAUUACUGCCAUUGGCACCGGCAGUGGCGCCACGUGCAACCAGCAACCCAUGUGCUGCAGCAACAACAAAAUGAACGGCCUUGUUAACAUUGGCUGCACUCCCAUCAACCUCAACCUUUAA